AUGUCCCCUCUUCGCCGUAUGAAGCGACCACCAAGCAAGAUGACUGCAAAGCCCGGUUCCCACCUACUCCGUGUGCCGUUGGUGAUCCUUCUUAUCGUCAUGGAAGACAUUUACGAAACUGAUCGGGAAGCCUUCUUAAACUUUCGCCUCGUUUCGAAAGCAUGUCGCAAUGAGUCUCAAUACUUGUUCUUUCGCGACUUUACGAUCCAUGAUCGCACCCUUCUUGGGCCGAGUCUAUCAUCAAAGAUGCUAGAAAGGCUCAAAGAUAGAGAUGAGGCUACUAGAGAGUAUGUCAGGCAUCUUAAGAUAGGCCCAUUCAAGGAUGAAGACAAGUUUGAACUCGAAAUAUCGCCCGUGCUAGAGGAUAUCCUAAGGAGCGUCAAAAACUUACAGGACCUUACUUGGAGUGCGAACUGCGCGCCUCCGCCAGCCAUGCUCGACUUAUUUCACGAACUGUACCCUUUAGCGCAUUUGCACUUCAUACUGCGAAACCGCACAUUCCAACCCCUUAGCCGCAGUCUGCUUUCUUCUCCUCAGCUGUACACUCUUGAUACGGAAAUUUACUCAACCAUACCCGAGCAUACAGGACACUCCCUGAGUGAACUGUCCUUGAUCAAGAACAUUCUGCCAGCUAGCCUUCAAGUUCUGCGUAUCUCUACGCUCGACGUUGACGGAGUCCUCCAACGUGCGCAGUUCGAAGACUGGGAAAGCGUCACAUACAGUGUGUUCAACUUCGACUUUCAGCUUGGCGAUCGAUUUCCCGCGCUCUUGGAGUUGGCCUUGAGACAUGACGAGUUUGCAUUGACAGCGGAAAACUGCAACCUUUGGGCGCGUGCAACGUCUUGGGAACGCCUACAACGCCUGGACCUCCCCAAGGGCGCGUCACACGAAUUCAUCGCUUCCCUCACCAACCGCGCUAUCAAUCUUAAAUACCUCAGAUUCCACAUCAACUUACGGACCCACUGGUCACCAUAUCGCCCACAUCGCAAUGGGACAUGGGAUCCAUACUCUCAGAACGAUAGCCUUCCCGUUCUAGCAGGUUUCCUAGCCUCAAUCAAAUCUCUUCACACUCUCGACUUUGGUGUAAAAAGCAUCGACAUCUUAACAUACUAUUUGUGCGUCAUACUGCAGAGCCUCCACGGAAGUUUGAAGAGCUUGACGAUAUCUGACAUGGGAGGUGAAGACCACUCCGGUCCCAUCGACUACACACCCGACAUGUUGGCCUGGGAUCCGGAGCACUAUAAGGAGGUGCUUGAGCUAACACCUGGCUUGGAGCAUCUGGAUGCGCGAAUUAGCACGGUGGACAGGGUUGUGGGAAAUUGGAAAGGUCGAGUCAUUGAGGGUUUCCAGAAGAUGAGCAUGGCGCCACUACCUUCGAAAGCCAAUAUGCACCUGUAUCGCACCUACAACGGCGGUGAUGGACGCGCUGCAAACGGGGAGAUGGCUUCACUAUACGGAGAUAUAGGUCAACCUAUACCAAACGACUUGGCCACGGUCGAAAGCGAUGAUCUUGAGCCGAUGGCGCAGUUUAUCCGGGAAUUCCUUAUGGACCGGGUGAUCAAGUAUAUUGUUCGACCUUCGAAAGUUCUGUUGCAUAUAUUGCCUAUGCAUCGAAGGGAGCCGAUGGCCGCUGGGACCGAUGUUGAGUUUGUCCAUGAGAAGAUCGUUUCAGCCGUCGCGAAUGCCUCAGUUUAUGUCUUGGCCAUUCUGAUUCUAAUCGCACCGAUCGCCACUUUCACAGUUGUCCAGGAGCAAACAUCCCGAAUGAUUAUUAUGCCGUUGUUCUGUCUACUUCUCACCGCGUCAGCACAACUCAUGGGUCCGCGGUCUAUGCCUCUAUUCAUACUUGUGACAGCAUAUUUUCAGGCGAUGGUGGUUUUCGUAACUAUCACAAACGACUGGCAGGUCACUCAAUAA